AUGGCAACUUCAGACGAUGAAAUUAUUAUACUACCAGAUUUGAUCAGCAGCUGUCCUUUCGAGCUCGAAUGUAGUCCAUACUAUGAAGCUGUAGCAAAGGAAACUGAUGCUUGGCUUUCUUCGCAUGGCAUUUAUAACGAUGAGUCAGUGACUAAAUACAGCUUGUUCGAGGCACUGGCAUACCCGCGUGCUAGUCGACGUCGGCUACGCGAUAUGUGCGAACUCGGCGUACUAAUAUUUGCGUAUGAUCAAAUACAUGAUUCACGUUCGAAAGAUGACAUCAGUGAGCAAGCCAAGCAACAAAUGUUGUGUAAUAUAUCCGAUGCUUGUCAACCAGCUGGCACAUUCAAACCAUUGACAUUGUUUGCUUCAGUUACUCAUGAAUGGUGGCAGCGAAUACUCGCCUACGCUACACCCGUAUUUCAACAACGUUUUAAAACUACUUUUCGAGAUACAGUUGAAGCUUCUUUUCGUCAAGAAACUUAUGAGAAGGAUCAUCAAACACUACCUGAUCUAAAAACUUACAUUGAGCUUCGGCGUAAUACGUGUUACGGACCCAUGACCUACACAUUAAUUGAAUUUUCUCUUGGUUUUGACCUACCAGACGAAUGUUUGGCUAAUGAAACAUUGAAAGGUCUUAUGAAUUGUAUGGUAUAUGCUGCUGGAUGGGCAAAUGAUAUUUAUUCAUUCAAUGUUGAACAGUCUGAAGGCCAAUACAACCUGAUCUCAGUGCUUAUGAAUGCGAAUCCACCACUGAGUAUUCAACAAGCAAUGGAUCAAGCCGGACAAAUGGUUAUUGAUGAAUAUGCUCAUUUUGAACGUCUUCAACGCCAAUUACCUUCAUGGGGAGCUGACAUUGAUGAUCAGGUGGGAAAAUAUGUGGAUGGUUUGGCCAAGGUAAUACGAGGAAAUCUUUGUUGGUGUUUUGAAACACAAAAAUAUUUUGGAUCCGAAACAGAAGAAGUCAAACGAACAAGACGCAUCAAAUUAUUACCACCGACAACAACAGUACAAGAGAAUAUUUUACAUUCACAAAAGAAUGCUAAGAUAUCAUCAAGUAACCACAAAGGCAAAGGCAAUGCCCAUCAACUCAAUGAUUCUCAAAACGAAAUGGAUCAUAACAUGGAUAUUAAUAGCUGUGGAAAUCUAGAUGCUAUCUUGGAACCAUUUAAUUAUUUAAAAUCUUUGCCUGGCAAAAACGUUCGAUCUAAAUUAAUUGAAGCAUUGAAUUAUUGGUUUCAAGUAUCCGAAGAGAAAUUCAAAGUUAUUGAUGAAAUCAUGAGCAUGCUCCACAAUGCGAGCUUACUAAUCGAUGAUAUUGAAGAUGGUUCCGAACUGCGACGAGGCUCACCAGUGGCACAUUUAAUUUAUGGUACUCCUCUAACAAUUAAUGCUGCUGAAUUAGUCUGCUUUCUUGCCAUACAAAAGGCAUAUACAUUAGAGAACCCGGAUGUUGGACGUAUUUUGAUCGAUCAUUUGGUUGAAUUACACAAAGGACAAGGAUAUGAUAUCUGGUGGCGAGAGAAUAACAUUUGUCCAACAGAAGAGAACUAUUAUAAGAUGAUCGACAACAAAUGUGGAGGUCUUUUUCAUUUGACCUUGGAUCUUUUGAGAACAUGUUCAUCAAUUAAUCUUACUGAAGACAAAACUAAAGCAAUUAAUGAGUUAUGUCAAACUUUUGGUUUAUUUUUUCAAAUUCGAGACGACUAUUGCAAUUUAGUUUCUACAGAAUAUACACAAAAAAAGACGUUUUGUGAAGAUCUGACCGAAGGCAAAUACUCUUUUCCAAUUAUUCAUGCAAUACAAAAUCGUCCAAAUGAUAACCGAGUUCAAAAUAUUCUUAAACAACGUACAAAUAAUAUGAAUCUAAAACGAGAAGUGGUCAAAUUAUUACAUGAAUUUGGAUCGAUUAAAUAUACGAAAGACAAAUGUAUGAAAUUAGCUGAUGAAUGUUAUGCAUUAAUUAAAAAAUUAGAAGAUAAUAUACAUUUUAGAAUAAUUAUGAAUUACCUAACUCUCAUUUUAGAUGAUUCAACUGAAAACGAUUCUAUGCAAAGCAAACAUACUUAA